AUGAGCUCGUCGCCCGCGGCCAGCAUCCCACCAUCGGCCUCGCCGCCGCCAGCGGAGUCCGAGGAGCCGAGCUCGAUGUCGGCGCGGCUUGAAACUGCAACCGCGGCGGACUCAGCGGCGCAUGUUGAACCUGCACUCAAAGACGCACAGACCAUCGCACCGGCACCAGAUGUAAUCGUCAAGCAGCCCUCGCCAACGCCCGACUCCACGCCCGGGCCAGGAUUUGGGCCGCGCUCGCCGCCGCCGCCGACAUCUGGAAUCCUGCACCCAAUACAGUCCGCGCACAGACGGACCCUCACCACCUCCCGCAGCUCACUCGGCGGCGGACAGACGAGUCAUGUCAGCGCGGUGCUCAUCACGAGCGCGCCGGACACCAUCGCCAAUCCCUGCGGAGCCAAACGCGCGCCGGCGCUGGAGAGUGCGAUGAAUGGAGUGUUCGGGUUGUCAAUAAUUGGCGUCUUGAUUUGGGGAAAUAGUCGGGAUGCAUUGACGUUUUUGUAUACAGUCUACGAAGUAUAUGAAUUCCAUCAUGAAGAUCCAGUUGCCACGAUGCUGCCUCGCAGUCUUGAUCUCGGUCAUGUCCGUAUCCGAGCGAGCAGAGAACUCAGUCUGUAA